AUGCCAAUCAUUGAAGAAGUUGACGGUCGUGUUGAUUCCGACGAUACAUCUGACGACGAUGAGAUGCCCACCUUGGAGGCUACGGAUGAGGACUACACCCAGGCGGCUCAAGACCAGCACGCCGCUCCGAGAGGCAAACUAAACCGAGCUGAGAAGGAAACUCGAAGGGUCAUUCAGAAGCUCGAAUCGAAACCAGUGCCUGGUAUUAUCAGAGUUACAGUCCGUAAAGGGAAGGAGAUGCUGUUCGUGAUCUCCCAGCCGGACGUGUUGAAAGCGGCCGGUGGUGAUACUUAUGUUGUCUUUGGCGAAGCGAGAGUUGAAGACAUGUCAGCUAUGUCGCAGGCCCCUGCAGCGUCCCAGUUCACCGGCAUGAUGCCGGAAGUAUCCAAAGUUGACGCCAACCCGCACCCUCUGGUCCCCGGCCCGGUGGUUGAGGACGAUAUGGACGAAAGUGAUGUCGAUGAGAGCGGCGUAGAAGCGAAGGACGUCGAGUUGGUGAUGGGUCAAGUUAACUGCUCGAGGUCGAAGGCGGUGAAGGCUCUGAAGGCUGCUAACAACGACAUAGUCGAAGCCAUCAUGCAACUGUCGCCGUCGCGUGUCGCCGUGGUGUAUGUGUGA